UAAAGGUAUAAGCUCUAUAUUAGUACAACUAUAUCACUGUUUAUUUUUUGGUGAGAAGCACAACUAUAUCAAAUUAUAAAGGUAUAAGCUAACCAAUGUUUUAUUCUUGAAGCCCAAGUUCUUCUUUAGGACAACCGAGUCAUUUGCAAUGGGACAUGUCUAUAAAUCUAUUGGAAAGAAGUGGGAUGCAAAUAAAAAUAACUUGUGGAAGAUACAUGAAGACCUGCUUAAAAGUAAAAUUGAGAUUAUUGAAAGUGUGCCGGAUGCGAUUCCACGUAAUCAAUGGAUUUCUUUUGUUGAUUACCAAUAUAAAGAUUCAACAAAGGCAAUGCGAUUAAGAAAUGCUGAAAAUCGAAAGAAACAGACUAUACCACACACAGGCGGCUCCAAAGCCAAUGCUACGAGAAGGGCUGAAAUGAUGGCUCAGACUGGACAAAGGCCUGGACGAGCACAAAUAUACCUUGCUACUCAUAAGAAUCAAGAUGGAGUAUAUGUUAAUGAAGUAGCAAAAGAAAUAUGCGAAAAAAUUGAGUUAGCUUUAAGCCAAAGCAUCAUAGACGAGUCUCAAAUUUCGCAAAAUGAUGUCGUCGGCAAGGUGCUAGGAGAAGAGCACUCUGGGAGGGUGAGGUGCUUGGGAUUAGGACCUAUCCCCAAUAAAGUUUUUAAACAAGCAAGACCUCGUUUCGGCGGUACAAGUGCUUCAAGAAGUGAAGGUUCAUGUUCGUCCCAAUGUCAACAGAACCAUAAGAAAAUGAUGAAUGCUCAAGAAAAAAUGAUGAAUGCUUUCAAGUCAUAUAUGAUAAUGAAAGAAGGGACGAUACCAGAACAGUUUGCGGGGUUCUUUGCUUCUUCUUCGGCGGUUUCUCCUACAACACCAAGUGAUGCGGCUAGUGGAUCCCUUUCGCCCAUGGAUGCAAGAAGAUCAUGCGGUGAUAGUAAUCAUAGUGACAACUGUUGA